GGAAGUUCCCUCCUCGCAGCGCAUGCUUGUUGAUGUGUUGACGGCGCCUGGAGCGGCUCGGUCCGUCAGUUUCCGUGGAGUCCUGUCGGUACCAUGACCGGGCUGGGCUCGAACCCGCAGGUUCUGACUCCUCAUGUUUACUGGGCUCAGCGGCACCGAGACAUUUACCUCCGGGUGGAACUGAGCGACGCGAAGGACGUCAACAUCAGCCUGCAAGAAAACAACACUCUGCAGUUCAAAGCUCAGGGCCAUGGAGCUAAAGGGGAUCAUCAGUACAAAUUCACGCUGGAGUUCCUGGAACCAGUUAAACCUGAGAUCAAUCAUAAGUCCACUCAGCGUCAGGUGGACAUAAAGCUCAGGAAGCAGGAGGAGCGCUGGUGGGACCGGCUGACCCUGCAGGAGAAGAAGCCUCUGUUUCUGGCUCCCGACUUCGACCGCUGGCUGGAUGAGUCUGACGCUGAGGUGGAGCUCCAGGCCAAGGAGGAGCAGAGGCUGAAUAAAAUCAGCAUAGAGUCGAGACAUCGUAAAGAUCCGUACGUCGGGCUGAAGAAAGGCUACUUGUUUAUGUACAACCUCGUCCAAUUCCUGGGCUUCUCCUGGAUCUUUGUCAACAUGACCGUUCGGCUCUUUAUUCUUGGUCAAGACUCGUUCUACGACACGUUCCACACCACCGCUGACAUGAUGUACUUCUGCCAGAUGCUGGCCGUGCUCGAGGUCAUUAACCCCCUGCUGGGUCUGGUCAAGACGGGCUUCUUUCCUGCACUGAUACAGGUGGCAGGAAGGAACGUCAUUUUGUUCGUCGUCUUCGGCAGCCUGGAGGAGAUGCAGAACAAACCCGUGGUGUUCUUCGUCUUCUACCUGUGGAGCACCAUCGAGAUCUUCAGGUACCCGUUCUACAUGCUCGCCUGCAUCGGCACAGACUGGCCCGUGCUGACGUGGCUCAGAUACAGCCUGUGGAUCCCUCUGUACCCUCUGGGGGUCAUAGCUGAAGCUCUUGCCGUCAUCCAGUCCCUUCCCAUCUUUGACGAGAGCCGUCUGUUCAGCCUGUCGCUCCCGGCCGUGCUGGGACGCUCCAUGAGCUUCUCCUACACUCUGCAGCUCUACCUGGUGCUCAUGUUUCUGGGACUCUUCAUUAACUUCAGACACCUCUACAAGCUGAGGCAGAGGAGGUACCGCUCCAGGAAAAGGAAACUUCACUGAGCAGCUCUCUUCAACCCCCCCACACUGAAGCUCCUGACCUCGUAUGGCCUCUUGAACUUUAACACUGAACUGAUGGGACUUGCAGCAUCCCCCCCCACCCAGCUGAAUCCUGUAAAUCUCCUGUUUGCUUGUUGACUCUGUUGAAUAAAAACCUUGGAAACAUG